AUGGUCGAUAAUGGAACAAAUCAUCACCCUCCCAAUGUUGAUUUAUAUGACGUAGCUUUCGAGAAUCAUGGUUUUCGACAGGAAUCCAUUUCAAUGACAAAUGAUGAAAAGAAUCUGCUAGAGCAGCAGAUUAAGGAGAAAGAUAACCUACUCAAAAAGCUUACUCGAAAUUUCUAUUCCCUACUGGUGACCGCUAGAGCUCAGAUCAAAGACCUGGAAACCAAAAUUGCGCAAUACACUGCUGCUUCAGCAGUCGGUUUCCGUUGUCCGCACUGUAAAACGAUCGUAGAUCGUAAAGACUGCAAGCCAGUUCACCCGGUUUACACUCGGGUACUGAAGAGCCAGUUGGUGAUCGAAACAAAGUUCAGCACCUAUGAGGAGCUGACCGAAUGGGUGGUACAACAUGGCUUGACCCGUAAUGCUGACAACAUGCCGACCUUGCCUGAAUCGCUGCAGGCAGAAAUGUCGCGUUCAAGAGCAUACACCUUGACCAACACCGGCAGCACGCUUGUUCGACCAUAA